UUUUCGUACUUUGUCUCAUUUUAACUAAAUUUUUUAAUUUGUCAUUCAGCGGCUCUGUGAACUUUUGUGUACACAAAAGAGUACUUAUAUUCUUGUUUAUUGAUUGCCAAUUAGACAGACAUUAAAGAGACAGAAUGCCGGCGGAUCCUACAGAAGAAAUGGCCGCUCCUCAGGUCCCCAAAACUGAACUAGAGGAGCUGCAAAUUAGUGCUCAAGGUGUAGCUGAUGAGUCCCUGGAAAGUACGCGGCGUAUGCUUGCUCUAUGUGAGGAGAGCGCAGAAGUUGGGAUGCGAAGCAUUGUUAUGUUGGAUGAGCAAGGAGAACAACUGGACCGCAUUGAAGAAGGAAUGGAUCAAAUCAAUGCUGAUAUGAGAGAAGCCGAAAAAAAUUUAAGUGGAAUGGAAAAAUGUUGCGGAAUUUGCGUCCUUCCAUGCAAUAAAAGCCAGUCAUUCAAAGAAGAUGAUGGAACUUGGAAAGGCAAUGAUGACGGAAAAGUUGUAAAUAAUCAACCGCAAAGAGUCAUGGAUGAUAGGAAUGGAAUGAUGGCACAAGCGGGAUAUAUCGGCAGGAUAACGAACGAUGCUAGAGAAGAUGAAAUGGAAGAAAACAUGGGUCAGGUAAACACAAUGAUUGGCAACCUUCGUAACAUGGCAUUGGAUAUGGGCUCUGAGCUGGAAAAUCAAAACCGUCAAAUUGACAGAAUUAAUCGAAAGGGUGAAUCCAAUGAAGCGAGAAUAGCCGUUGCUAAUCAAAGGGCUCAUCAACUAUUAAAAUAAUGAGAUAAUAAGACGACAAACAUUUGCAACAAAGUUUUAACUAGAAGUAUUCCGACAAAUAUGCGUGCUUCUGAAACAGUAUUUUUGUUAUAUUUUUAACCUUCUGUGUGCUUCAAUAGUUAUAACAAAUCUUCAAAAAGUGAACAAUAUUUGACCCCAAGACAAAGUCGUAAGAAAUAAAUUCAUUUAUUGCCUUGUUUUUUAAUAACUCGUAUAUUUCCUAACCAACAUAAAAAACUCUUAAGUUACGUAUCAAGAAAAACCUGUAAAACUAAUAUCUGUAAAUUGUAUAAAAAAAUGUUGUUUGCUAAUUGGGGAUGUAACAGUGGUAGAACAAAUUAAUUUUAAUUUCCAUGAAACUACGUAAAAAUUAUCUUUUAAUAAAAAUAUCAAACAUUCCUUACCUAUGUUAGUAUUAUAAUAAUGUAUAACAUUAAAAACCGGAAUCAAUAUUUAAUUUUUCAACACCGCCUAAAAAUUGAUGAACUGAAAAAUUGAAGCUUUUCAGGUACUUCUAUUAAUAGGCUAUAAGCUAUUUAUAAAUACAUUAAAACAAAACAAAUCGCCUUUAAAUUGUUAAAUUGUACAGAUUAACCUAUAUUAUUACUUAACACAGUGUGGGCAACCAAAGUGUUGAUUAUAAUUUAAAGGCACAAAAAAUAUGAAUACACAAAACAAAUUAUAUUAUACAACUUUUUUAGAAAUCGAAUAAACACAAAAAAACUUAUAAAAAUUACAAAAAUGUUUUGAUAACAUUUUUUGCUCACUUAAAAAUGUUAUUAAAACCUUCUAAUGUCUUUGCAAACUUUUAAGUAAUAAAACAAUAUUGUAACCUGAAAUAAAAUAUCGGUCUAUCGAAA